UCAAUAAGGAAGUGUUCUUGUACGUUUGAAAACAAGGCGCCAGCAGGGAUGCCAGACCCGGAGCCGGUUCGGUUCGGUCGGAAACGCGCCCUGCCGUCCUGUCCGAACCCGCUGUUCCUCCAGUGGCUCACCGAGCUCCGGGACGAGGCGAAGGAGAAAGGCCUGAAGAUCCAGUACACCUACCAGAAGGCUAUAAACUCUUUGAAUAAAUAUCCACUUCCACUAAAAAACGCUAAAGAGGCAAAAAUCCUUCAAAACUUUGGAGACGGAAUCUGCAAAAUACUGGAUGAGAAGCUGCAGCGAUACUACAGAGAAAACGGUCCCAACGCUUCAAUUCACUGCUUACCCAAAGGUGCGCCCCCUCCUGGUCAGAAAGACAACAACAACAGGCUGGCUCCUCCCAGGAAGAGGAACGAUGGAAGUGUUGAAGGGAAGGAAAAGGGAGGAGGUGGAGGAACAAAGAGGAAGAAGAGGGAAUACGUACCCCAGAAGAGGUCUGGAGGAUACGCUGUACUACUCACUCUUUACAGACAGGCACAGAUCCCAGGUAGUAAAGGCUACAUGUUAAAGAUGGAGCUGCAGACAGAAGCUCAGUCUCUCUGUGACAAAUCUUUUACCGUGCCCGAUCUUGGCAGCAAGUACACCGCCUGGUCCUCAGUCAGCACUCUGAUCCAGAAAAACCUGCUGAUAAAGACUCACAAUCCUGCCAGGUAUUCUCUGACGGAUGAGGGUCUCGCUUUGGCUGAACGACUGGAAUCAGUGGAAAGAGAUGUGAAAAACAUUCCAGGAGAGGACAUUAGUGAAGGAGAUGGACGAGAGGAGGAAGAGGAGGAAAGGGUUGUUGAUCUUACUGAGAGUGGUGAUGAUGAUAGUGAUGAAGAGGAGCAGCUGCCUGAGAGCCUUUCACAAAGAGCAACCUGUGCCAUUCAGCUGAGCAGGGAUGCAGGCGAGGGGUCUCUACAAGGAAAACCGCAGAGUACCCUGACAUCAAUUAGAAAGCCAAACAGAGAAAGUCUUCUACCAGGAGCUUAUGAGAUCCUCCUGUGUGUCGACUUCAUAGAGACCACUGGUGGCAGCCACCACCGUAAGCAGGAGCUGGUCAAAGAGCUGCAGAGGAACGGAGUCGCCUUCGAUGUUAGGAAACUCAAUGUUGGAGACUUCCUGUGGGUGGCUCGGGAAAAGGUCACACCUGUUCCAGGUCAGCUGCGAGCUCCCGUAGGGAGAGAGCUGGUCCUCGAUUAUAUCAUUGAGAGGAAGAGGAUGGACGACCUGUGUGGGAGCAUCAUCGACGGACGCUUUAGGGAACAAAAGUUUCGACUGAAGCGAUGCGGUCUCCGUAAGCCCAUCUACUUGGUAGAGGGCAGCAGCUCAUCCGCUGCUCACCUGAGUUUACCUGAAAGCACCUUGCAGCAAGCCAUCGUCAACACACAGGUUGUUGACGGCUUCUUCGUUAAAAGAGUCCAAGAUGUCCGCGAGUCGGCCGCCUACCUCACAGUCAUGACCCGAUACCUGACCAAACUCUACCAGAACCGAACCCUGUUCUGUCGCUCCAGAGAGCUGGAGGGGGACAUAUCCAGCAAUGAAGAGGAGGGAGGGAUCCCCUUCUGCUCUCUCAUUUCUUUUGCAGAGUUUAACCACGGGGCUGUGAAAAACAAGUGUCAGACGGUGAGAGAAGUGUUUGCUAGACAGCUGAUGCAGAUCAGUGGGUUGUCUGGUGAUAAAGCAGCAGCCAUACUGGGGCAGUACAGCAGUCCACAUAGUCUCCUAGCCGCUUAUGAAAAGUGUGGGAGUGAGGCAGAGAAAGAGAAACUCCUCUCCUGCAUCCGAUACGGGAAGUUGAAAAGGUUAGCAGCAUAUUUCAUCAUUACAGAUUAAAGCAAUCAUUGAUUUUACUGAAACCUUCUUUAAGGACUGAAGGGCAAUGAUAAUUUCACAUGCUAAUUAGAAACUCGUUUCUCAUGGUAAAUAUAGUUGUCUGUCUUCUAUUUCCAGGGUUUUGCAUAUUUG